AUGGCUGGUGAUGCUUCCAAAAUAGCAUCAGAUGAUAAGUUAAAUUCUAAUCUUGCUCGUGUUGAAAAACUUGAAAUUAUCGAAGAUGGUUUACUUCCUUAUGAAAACGAAGCAAAUACUAAGUCAGUCAAAUGCGAUAAUGAAAUACCAGGAAUUAACUUUUAUCUAUAA